AGUUUGUUCCACCAUUGGGGGGCCAGAGCAGCGAACAGUUUUGACUGGGCUGAGCGGGAACUGUACUUCCUCAGUGGUAGGGAGGCGAGCAGGCCAGAGGUGGAUGAACGCAGUGCCCUUGUUGUUAUUAUUAUUAUAAUUUUUUUUGUGCAGUUUGGGUGUAGGCCUGUUACUUUAUGUCAUGUUGAAUCUAUCUAAUGUGUUCUGCCAGUUGAGCUGAAGUGCAUUCAAUGAGGCCCAAAAGGACAUUCCCUGACUGGGAAUCAAACCCAGGCCACAGUGGUGAGAGUCCUGAAUCCUGACUACUAGGGACUAGCGUGGCUUCCCAUAGUUAUUUCUGUUCCUUGGAAUCACUCCCAGCAGAAUGUUAUGGGGAAAGGGCUAUUUGUUGUCUCGUUCCCUCAGCUGUUCGUUGAAACCACAUCCUAAACGAAGGAAGACCCGUUCCAGCUGCACAAUCACUCACGUCAGGCCUAAUAAUACACCCUGAUAAUGGUCAUAGAGCGAGAGAGGAAUAGAAAGAGGGUGGGGGUCCACUGACUCACUCCCAGGGUCAAUAAGAGAGAAUAGCCCCCUGAGGAUCUCAGGGUAUAAAUAUAAUGGACUGGACAGAGGAUCAGUCCAUACACACCAACGCGCGCACACAGCUCCACUGACCAGAACUCUGGGAUUAAGACACAACCCACACACCAUGUCUCAGCCCGUUGAGGUGAAGAAGAAGAAGCGUCCUGUGAUGAAGGAGGAGGACUUGAAAGGAGCCCGCAGCAAACUGGGGCUAAAGGGCGAGCCCAAGAGUAAGACCUAUGAGGUCAUGGUAGAGUGUGAGCGUAUGGGAAAGGUGGCUCCCUCAGUGUUCAGUGGGGUGAAGUCUGGAGGAGAGACUGUACUGGAGAAGCCUAAAGCCCCAGGAGCCAGCAUCUUUGGCAAGUAGAGCCGUCCAGUGUGGAGUGUUGGCUAUCAUCACUGCGCUAGAGUCUAGAGGAGAGACGGGACAGACGCAUCAAUGGACAAACGGCAAUGAAGAAGCCAAACCUUGCUGUUAUUGAAUGGUUUGAUACCUGUUUUUCCAUUUUCAGCACGGAAAUAGGCCCAUCUCAUUUUGAGCAGGUUGUUCAUAGUAGGGUUUGUUCAUACUGUAUGAUGACUUUUUAUGAUUGAUUGAGAAUGAAGGGAAAUUCCAGCAUCAUGGAUGUGAUAUUUGCACACACAAUGAAAAACAAAAUGUCACAGAGUUGACUUAUCAGGUAAAAAUGAAAGUGCUAUCAUGAUUGCCUUACGCAGCAAUGCUGACUGAUCAUGUUAUGAUCAUGCCAUUGAUCAUGUUAUGACGUGUCUGUAACGUUCUAAGCGUAACGAAUGUGACCAAGUACCUACAGAGAGGAAGGAAACCAAUUAUACAUCACAUAAGCCCUUGAUGAAGUUGGCUUUGCACAGAAAGUUUGUGGAAAAUCAUACUCAAAACAUGUCCACAAUAACAACCUUUCCUCAAAAAUAUUAGUUGUGACACUUCCUGUCCAAAUCAGCAUUCUAUCUUCACUAGACUGUAGAAUUCUAUACUAGUAAUCAAAGGACAAAAAUGUGUUUCAUUAACCUUCCGGCUUGGUCAGAAACAGAGGGACAGAUGUUAGUACCAAAACAAGUUCUGUGAGCCAUUACCAAAAGCUAUGAAAUAUAUGGUUGAAAAUACUUAUUUUGAGACUUUGUAGCCUACUUUGUAGCCUACUUUGUAGUAACAUUAAAUUUGGCAAAUAUAAAGGCCAAAUGUAGUCUUUACUUCAAAAUACACACAUUCAAAUAGAAUUUUAUUGGUCACAUAUUUUGCAGAUGUUAUUGGGGGUGUAGCGAAAAUAUGGUAAAUAUUUUCUCUAAAUAUGAAAGUUUAAUUAGGAAAUAAGCUAGUUUUUCAUGUUCGGGUUGACCUUACUAUGAAGUUGCUCAAAUUGUAAAUGCUGAAAUAUUUGUCUUAUGUUUUUAUAAACAAAUUAAUGACUUCCCUA